AUGGUACUGGGCAAUGGUACACAAAUUUCAAAAUUUCUUCUUCUCGGAUUAUCAGAUGAACCAGAACAACAGCCUUUAAUAUUUGGGCUUUUCCUCUCCAUGUACCUGAUCACCAUGUUUGGAAACCUGCUCAUCAUCCUGGCUGUCAGCUCAGAUCCCUUCCUCCACACCCCCAUGUACUUCUUCCUCUCCAAUCUGUCCUUUGUGGACAUCUGUUUCACCUCCACCACCAUCCCAAAGAUGCUGCUGAAUAUUCAAACUCAAAGCAAAGUCAUUACCUACGAAGGUUGCAUAGCCCAGAUGUAUUAUUUCCUUCUCUUUAUACAAUUGGACAUCUUUCUCCUGACAGUGAUGGCCUAUGAUCGGUUUGUGGCCAUCUGCCAUCCUCUGCGCUACACAGUCAUCAUGAACCCUAUUCUCUGUGGAAUGCUGGUUCUCAUAUCCUGGGUGAUAGGUGCUCUGAACUCUUCAUUACAAAGCUUAAUGGUGUUGAGGUUGUCCUUCUCUACAGUCUUGGAAAUCCCCCACUUUUUCUGUGAAUUGAAACAAGUGAUCCAACAUGCCAGUGGUGAUACCUUUCUUAAUAAUAUUGUGAUGUAUUUUGGAGUUGGUUUAUUUGGUGGUGUUCCUCUUGGUGGAAUACUUUACUCCUACUCUAAGAUAGCUUCUUCCAUACACAGAAUCUCAUCAGCUCAGGGGAAGUAUAAAGCCUUUUCCACCUGUGCGUCUCACCUCUCAGUUGUCUCCUUAUUUUAUUGUACAGGCUUUGGAGUGUACCUUAGCUCUGCCACUGUGCACAGCUCAUACUCCAGUGCAACAGCUUCAGUGAUGUACACAGUGGUCACACCCAUGCUGAACCCCUUCAUCUACAGUAUGAGGAAUAAGGACAUAAAGAGGGCUCUAAAAAAGUUUCUUUGGAAGGUCAGUAUAAAAGUGCAACUUGUCCUGGUGCUAAAGAAAUGCCUGUGA